AUGGCCACGCCAGCUCCCCCCGAAGACCAGGCCCGUCUGCUUGAGGAUGCCCUCGUUGCGGUGCGACAGCAAACGUCGCUGAUGCGCAAAUGUCUCGACACGCCCGGGAAGCUCAUGGAUGCCCUCAAGUGCUGCUCGACUCUCGUUUCCGAGCUUCGCACCAGCAGUCUCGGCCCCAAGCAGUACUACGAACUAUACAUGGCCGUUUUUGACGCUUUGCGCUACUUGUCUGUUCACCUUCGCGAAAACCAUCCGGUUAACCAUCUCGCCGACCUCUACGAACUUGUUCAAUAUGCUGGCAAUAUCAUUCCCCGAUUGUAUCUUAUGAUCACAGUCGGCACGGCCUACAUGGCCAUCGAGGAUGCGCCCGUCAAGGAGCUCAUGAAGGACAUGAUGGACAUGAGCCGAGGUGUUCAGCAUCCCAUUCGCGGCCUCUUCCUCCGGUACUAUCUGUCAGGUCAAGCGAGGGACUUCCUGCCGACGACUGAGGGUGACGGCCCUGAGGGUAACCUCAGCGAUUCUAUCAACUUUGUGCUCACGAAUUUCGUCGAGAUGAACAAGCUAUGGGUCCGACUGCAGCACCAGGGCCACUCGAGAGAGCGCGAGCAGAGGGUUCGGGAACGAAAGGAGCUACAGCUUCUAGUUGGCAGCAACAUAGUACGCUUGAGCCAACUUGUCGACCUCGAGACCUACAAGACCAGCAUUCUGGCGCCUCUUCUGGAGCAGGUAGUCCAAUGUCGGGACGUUCUCGCCCAGGAAUAUCUUCUCGAGGUGAUUACGCAAGUUUUCCCGGACGAGUUCCACUUACACACCUUGGACCAAUUCCUCGGCGCCGUCUCGCGCCUCAACCCUCAUGUUAAUGUCAAGUCCAUCGUCAUUGGUCUCAUGGACCGGCUAUCCGAGUAUGCCGAGCGCGACGGCCCAGAUGACAAGUCGGAUGAUAGGGCUAAGGUUGAGGCCGAGGCACUGACAAGGCUGUUGGAAAGGAUCAACCUUCAGAAGGAGACUCCUCCAGCUGCUCCGACAGAGUCCAAGCCUUCUGAAGAGGCCGGAAAGUCUGAGGAGGCUGGCGAGUCAUCCAAGACUGAGGGUGAGGCAGAGGCCGAGCCUGAAGGCGAGCCUGCUGCCAAGGCCUCAGAUGAGACCCCUGAAGAGAACGCUGGGGAGACCAGCACCGACGAUUCUAGUACGCUCGCCGAGUCAGCACCUUCAGUUGCAGAGACAGAGACCACCGCUGUUAACGGCCAGGAAUCCAUCACCGACAGCGUGCAGCUUUACGAAGUAUUCUUCGCCCAGGUCAAGAACCUGGUCGACGCUCAGCAUCUGCCUGUUCCCGACAUCAUUGCCCUACUUGUAUCGCUUUGCAACCUUGCGCUCAACAUCUAUCCCGACAGGCUAGACUACGUGGAUCAGAUCCUGGCUUACGCGGCAACCAAGGUGCGGGAGAACAUCAACAAUGCCGAUCUUCACUCGCCCCCGGCUCAACAGAGUCUGCUUGCCCUGCUGCAAGCCCCUAUCGAUCGAUAUGUUUCCAUCUUUACUGCUUUGUCCCUUCCCACCUAUGUUCCUCUGUUUCAGUCGCAAUCAUACCCCACCCGCCGUGCCGUCGCCGGCGGUGUCGCUCGCACGUUGCUCAAGGACCAGACCAAGAUCUCGACCACGGCUCAGCUCGAGAAUGUGCUCGAGGUACUAAAGGUGCUUAUUAAGGAGGGAUCUCAGGCCCCUCAAGGAUACCCCGGCGUUGCGCAGCGACGCCCUGUUGAGACAGACGAGACAAUGGAGGAGCAAGGAUGGCUUGCGCGGAUAGUGCAUUUGCUGGAGGCUGAGGAUAACGACACCCAGUUCAAGCUCCUCCAGAUGACUAGGAAGGCAUACUCGGAGGGUAACGAGCGCAUCCGCACGACUACGCCACCCCUCAUGACGGCGUGCAUGAAGUUGGCAAGAAGAUUCAAGCUGCGGGAACACUUUGACGAUAACUGGGAGACCCAGAGCAACGCCUUGUUCAAGUUUAUGCACUCUGCUCUGAGCACCCUGUACACGCGCGUCAACAACGCUGGGGCUGCUGAGAUGGCAUUGCGCUUGUUUUGCUCGGCUGGUCAGACAGCAGACAUGGCUGGCUUCGAAGAGGUGGCUUACGAGUUCUUUGCCCAAGCCUUUACAGUGUACGAAGAGGCUGUCUCGGACUCAAAGGCGCAGUUCCAGGCGGUCUGUGUAAUUGCUACUGCCCUUCACCAGACCCGAAACUUUGGCAAAGAAAACUACGACACACUCAUCACCAAGUGUGCCCAGCACGGAAGCAAGCUUCUCCGCAAGCCUGAUCAGUGCCGAGCCGUGUACUUGGCGAGUCAUCUGUGGUGGGCGACUCCCAUCACUUCGAACGACGAGACGGAGGAGACCGAGCUUUACCGUGAUGGCAAGCGAGUGUUGGAAUGCCUCCAGCGGGCCCUCCGAGUGGCCGACUCAUGCAUGGAGACGGCAACGUCGAUCGAACUGUUUGUCGAGAUCCUGGAUCGUUAUGUGUAUUACUUCGACCAGCAAAAUGAAUCGGUGACAACUAAGUAUCUCAAUGGACUCAUCGAGCUUAUCCACUCCAACCUGGCGGGCAACCAGCAGGACUCGGCUUCAGUCGAGAACAGCCGGAGACACUUCCACCAGACCUUGGAGAAUAUCCGCAGCCGACAGUACGAGGGCAUUGUGCUGUACCCCAACUAG